ACGUGCACGUUGGUCGGUCGGGAUUAUACAAAAUAGUUAUUAAAGUAUAAUAAAUAUUAUACCAUUAUUAAAAGUGAUACCUAAGGUAUGCAGUGGUAUUUACAUUUUGGAGCAGAUAAAAAUAUCUCAUUAUUUCAAAUAUUCUCGAGGAAGAAAAUAAGAUGAGUAUAUUAUGUUUAAUAAUAACUAGUCAUUAGCCGGUAAGAAAAGUGAUAGAAAAUGAAGAUAAUUAUUAUUAAUCUUAUGCUAAUUGGUGCUUCUUUGGCACUUAACGGCAGCUACUGUUGCUCCGAGAAACAUGAAAUAUGGGUUGAUGACAACAACUUGAAUCAUUGUUUGGACAUGAGGACCAACGCCACCAUAAAGAUCACCCUGAAUUGUUUUGAUAACUUGACAUUUAUAGUUUCAAACGAGUCCUUGCCAUAUAAGCUGAAGCCCGAUGGAAACUUAGGUAUUCUAAUGGGAGAAAUGUCAGAACUCACGUCCGUUGCAAUUGGCGACUUCUGCAUCGGACGUCAGACUAAAGACGGGGAAGAAACCGAGGUGGCGAUCAUAUGCCAGAGUGAGAUGGAGGCUGAAAUAGUGAGCGAGGAGGUGCUGGGGUACUGUAUGGCGGUGUCGAGUGUCUUCCUCGCACUCACGGCCCUCGUGUAUAUGGCGUUCCCAGACCUCAGAGAUCUACAAGGGAAGAGUAUCACAUGUUUAUGUAGCACGCAAGCUAUCGCCAACGCAUUAUUUUGUGUUAUGAAAGUUAUGAUGUACUCUCACAUGACAUGGUGUGCAGUUCGAGGUUUCCUGGCCUAUUACUUCAACAUCUCUACGUUCUUCUGGAUGAAUGCAAUAGCUGUACAAAUUCUUAUGAAUAUAAAGCAUUCGUUGAGUAAUGAAAGUUGGCGAAAGUUUAUGUGGUACGCCUUGUACGCGUGGGGAGCACCAGCCGUCCUCACCGCCAUACUGAUGAUGGUUAACUAUCUCCCCGGGACCCACGUGCGGCCUGGAAUAGGCUACAACCAAUGUUGGUUUCCUGACAUGAAACGCAUAUGGCUUUACAUGUACAGCGUGCUUGCAACGCUAAUGGCGGCGAACGUGGCGAUCUUCGUCUACGCUUCGGUCUUCUUGUGGAAGCACACGUUUUCCUCCUCCCACCUGCAGGCGCUGAGAUAUAAGUCGUGGAUGAUGUUCCGACUGUUUAUAAUCAUGGGUUUGCCGUGGAUAUUCGAAAUGGUCACCUCUUUGACACCUGCUCACACGUUUUGGGUUAUACUGGACAUCAUAAACUGUCUGCAAGGCCUCAUAGUAUUUCUAAUACUAGUGGUGUUCCGUCGGCGAGUGAUCAAGGCGCUAUACAAGAGAAACGCUCUAUUUUGCUUGAGCGGUGUGGCCGAGAGCUACCUGAAAGGGGCCGACGAUGAGGAGGAUAUAGUCACACCGACUGUAGGUGUGCCCAUGGAGGAAACUGGAGCUACAUGACCCCUAGGAUCCUGACCAAAUUUGUAGUCAUAUUUUUGCAUUUGUCUUAAGAACGUUUUUUUUCUGCUUACAAUUGAGGUUUGAACCUGCGAUUUUAAACCACGACACAUAUAACUAUAAAAUACGUUACCUAAGAAAAGUUUUCGUUGUACCACUCGUACCAAUGAGGUUAAAUCGCGCGGUUAUGAGAUAGACGCAAAGUUGAACGCAUGUGAUCACGGAAUGUAGGGAAAAUGACAAUGCGCUUACAGAUUAUCUGAUUUAAAAUGGCUGUGCGGCAAACGUUUGACGAUGCGUCGCAUAAAACAACCGCGCGCUUCAAUCCUACACAUUAUAAAUGGUUCCAACUGUCGGGAGCUCAAAAGUCUAUAGUUUGUGGUUUAUCUUGAGUUGUGGGAUUUGACAUGCGUUAUGUUUUGCGCGUUUAGCGCGCGUAGCGGAACCGCGUCACUGAAUUUACAAAAUAUAAAUUUAAGAACGCCAAAAUUCGUAUACUUAUGUAUUCAUAUUUGCUACUUUGCUGAUGAUAUAACAACAUAUGUUUCGGAAGCCUCUUUACAGCUUUACCGAACACUCAUCUUGUAAAUAGCUUCAAUACAGGAUGUUUGGUACAUCGUUUGCCAAAUUAAAACGGCAGAUAACUUGAGUCAUUUGCUAUCUUCUCAUGCCUAGAAAAAAAAAUUGGCCAUGGUUUUUUUACUACUACGCAAGUAAAAAUUAGAAAUUUACGAAAAACUGUCCUAUGACAGUUCGAAAACGUUCAGUUAUGAAAUUUUUUUUCACUUCUAUAAGUGAAAAAUUUUUUUGCACCAAAUUAAAAAAAUCUAGGCCUGAGAAGAUAGAAAAUGACUCAACCUAUCUGCCGUUUUAAUUUGGCAAACGAUGUACCACACACCCUGUAUAAUAAUUGUACCGUAGGUACUGUAAUGAGUUAAUAGUAAAUUAUGUGACACAUGGUCUCGUGUACCGUGUACCUCAGUAUUUUUUAUAAAUAUAAAUGUAAAAAUAUAAAUUUGAUAAAGUUGAGUAAGUGUUACGGAUUCAGUUUUUUUCUGUAGCUGUAACUUUAAACUUGUAUCAAAGAAAGAAGCAGCUAAAUAUUUGUGAUAACUCCUCAUGUGUUAUAAAUAAAACCUAUUAAAAAAAUUA